AUGAAUUCAACAAUCGAACUUGUACUUAAACAUUGUCCUACGCAAUUAGAAUUAUAUCAACGAUGUAUAGAAAAUAACCCGACAGAAUGGUCUAUUAAAUGUCAAAAAGAGAAAUACGAACUAACUAAAUGUUCUGAAGAUAAUAUUCCAACGUUAAGACAAGUUAAAAAGCAAUGCAAUGAAAUGAUACAAGCAUUUGAUAAAUGUUUGGCAAAAAAUGAAACAGAGCCAGAAAAAUGUAUGGAUUUAUUAAGAAAUUUAUAUGAUUGCAUUGAAAAUGCUACCGAUAAUAAGGAAGUUGAUACAAAGAAAUCAAAUAUUUAA